UAAAAGACUCUUUGAAUCGAACUCAUCUCCCUUUCUUUAUUCAUGGGCAAUUUUACUUUGGAUACUUCUGAACCUUUGGUGUUAUUUAACAAGACUUCAAGGUGGAACCCGUUCUCGAUGGUUCCAGGCGGCGCUGCUGCUGAUGUUGUGGCUGAAGGCGAAGAUAAUCGUCGGAACGUUUUGAGUGAGAUGGAUCUAUUUUCUACAAGAAACCGCAGUCAUAAUAGGGUUGUUGUGAAGAAGGAGAAUUUUCUUGGGAAUGAUCUUGAUCUAAAUACCGGUUUGAAUCUUGUUACGAUGGUAAGUAAUCGAUCACCGAUGGGUGAUGACAUUUCAACCACUGGCGAAGACCAAACUAUUGAUAAGUUGAAAGAUAUACAAAAUGAGUUAGAAAGAAUGAACAUCGAGAACCAAAGACUAAGAGAGAUGUGCUUACAAGUUAGCAAUAAUUACAACGCCUUACAAACGCAUUUUGUGACUCUAAUGCAUCAACAAGAACAAGAACUGAGAAAUGAAAACAUUCAAAAUCAAGAUCAGAAUGCCAAUGAUCAUCUUUCUCAUGAUCAAGUUUCAGUAGCAGUGCCAAGACAGUUCAUGGAAUUACGACAAAGUACUCAUGAUCAGUUGAUAUCUCGUGAUUCUUCAUCAGAAGAAAAGACAGUUGAUAGAGACACCAAGACUAUCGCUCGCGAAGAUACCCCAGAUUCAGACGUAUGGACAUCUAACAAAGUUCCCAAAUUGGUUGUCCCCGAAAACAUGGAACAUACAAAUGAUGCAACAAUGCGUAAAGUUCGUGUUUCAGUUAGGGCACGUUCAGAUGCACCAAUGAUUUCUGACGGAUGUCAAUGGCGAAAGUAUGGUCAAAAAAUGGCAAAAGGGAACCCGUGUCCACGAGCAUACUACCGUUGCACAAUGGCAGUGGGGUGCCCAGUUCGGAAACAAGUUCAAAGAUGGGCUGAUGAUCAAACAAUUUUAGUAACCACCUACGAAGGCACUCACAACCACCCGCUGCCGCCAGCAGCAGUAGCAAUGGCAUCUACUACAUCAGCUGCAGCCACCAUGUUGCUCUCCGGUUCAACCUCGAGUGUAGAUGGUUUCAUGAACUCCAACCUUUUGGCUCAGGCAAUUCGACCACCCAAUAUCGCCACAAUAUCUGCCUCAGCCCCAUUUCCUACAAUUACAUUAGACCUUACUCACCCUCCAAAUUCAACUCCAAUAUUUGAGGGUUAUAAUAACCCUGCAGCAUCACAAUUUGCAAUGCCAUUACAAGCGUUUCACCAAGGUAGUAGUGGUGCCAUGGUAUACAACCAAUCAAGAUUUUCUGGUCUCCAGUUAUCUAACAACGAAUUGUCAAAUCAAGUGUUACAGUACCAGCAAACUGCACCACCACAACACCACCAAUCUCAGCCUCAUCCAUCAUUUGGGCAUUCACUUAGUGCUGCUACGGCUGCCAUCACCGCUGAUCCAAAUUUCACUGCAGCCUUAGCUGCUGCGAUCACAUCGAUCAUGGGCGGCAAUGGUAGCACCAUCAGUCCCAAAAACGAGGAAAACAACAACCGUGAGCUGGGGUGAAGCUGUUUUUUGAAAUUAUUUUUUUUCCUUUAUUCACCAUUUUUUCAUUUGUACGGGUACUUAAAUGUGAAUUAUCAUUUCCUCGAAGCAAG